AAUAAAAUUUGAAAAAAAAAACAAAAAAAGAAACAGGGGAAUCGGCCCACCCACCAACCGCAUGGCAGAGUGCGACGGAGGAGACGGACCGGGGCGGUGGGGCAGCCUCUGUUCUCUUCCCCGGAGAAUAAAUCUUUGUCGUCUUCCUCCCCAUGAUUCUUCCAAUACUCCUCUCCCCCUCUCCACUCAUCAAUCGGGUCGGCGGGUUUCUUCUUCUCUCUGAUUCAUACCGACCCGUUUUCUGUUUUCGCUCUUCGGAAUUCUCUAAUAAUAUGCUGUUCUUCUAACUUCUUUUAAUACACACUGUUCUCUGCAAAUCCAUCUCUCGUUACCUUCUGCUUGGUGCUUUUUCUUGAUUUUACGCUUUAAAAAUGGAAUCUUCAGAACCCUCGGAACAAGACCCCAGCUCCAGUUCAGCUGAACAUGGCGAUUUUCCUCUUCCGCCUCAGGCUGAUUUUAAUUUGGGAGAUUCUGCAAAAGCAGCAGCUGUUACCCCAAGUCCACCUGCAAGGAGUUCAGAUCUAUCCCUUCAAAUACCUCCAAGGAACAUUGGCAUUGGGAACAGGAACCACACCAAGGCCUUGCUUCAAUCUCCAGAUGUUCCAAAGGGCAGUUCAUCAAGUGGGGGAUUUUUUCGGGGCUUAAGCUUCAAGAGAAAAGCAGCUGCUAGUGCUACACCUGAUAGUGAGAGAAGCUCUCUUCUCCGUUUGGAUCCCAAACUUGCUCCAGAAAGCCCUGAUUUUGCAAAUUCUCAUUCCAGUUUGAACGGGAAAAGAUGUACGUCUUUACCCGUGACGCCUGCUUCAAACUCUUCUCCUUUUCCUACUCCCACUUGUGCAAAGACUUUGAGUGAACGGCAAAAAUCGCAAUCACAGAGGAUAGGUACAUCUCAAGCUGCUGUCACAAGAUCACUUUCUAUUGUUAUUGUUAGAUCAUCAUCUUUUUCCACCCGUGAAGAGCAAUCCACUGAUACUGGUGACGAAAUUACAGCUGCACCGGAGGAUGAGGAUCAUGAGAUUCCAGAAGAGGAAGCCGUGUGCAGAAUCUGUCUUGAAGCAUGCAAUGAAGGGAAUAUGCUGAAGAUGGAAUGCAACUGCAAAGGUGAUCUCAGGCUUAUACACGAAGAGUGCGCAAUCAGGUGGUUCAGGAUGAAAGGGAACAAAAACUGUGAGGUUUGCCGGCACGAAGUGCUGAACUUACCUGUUACUUUGCUUCGGGUGCCGAGUGUCGCCCCACAAGAUCCCAGAUAUGAGCAACCCAACUGGCAGAGUUUGAACUCACAACACAUCAGUGCUUGGCAGGAUUUUGUUGUACUUGUGUUGAUUAGUACGAUAUGCUACUUCUUCUUCAUCGAGCAAUUGCUGAUUGGUGACAUGAGAACUCGGGCACUCAUGAUUGCUGCGCCGUUCUCAUUUGCUUUGGGCAUUUUGGGAUCUGUACUUGCAGUGAUGCUUGCAAUCAAAGAGUACAUUUGGACAUAUGCUGCUUUAGAGUUUGGACUGGUGGCUUUGCUCUUAAACCUAUUCUACACGACGCUCCAUUUUGCGCCACCGUACUCCGUGAUGAUGUCAUCUGUUCUGGGGUUUGGGUGUGCUGUGUGUCUCAACUUUUUGUACAUCCAAUACUUCAACUGGAGAGUUCGAGUGUCCCAGAGCUCCGACCCCGUGUGAACCCGCGAGAUGAUAGUAAAUGCCCGUUUUGCCCCUUCCGGAACGAACGAAUGUAGUGACUUUGAAGCAGUAUCAUCUUGUGUGUUAUGAGGUAGUCAAUUCUGUGUAAUGUGUAUGUAUGUAUAUAUUUCUCACAUGGGAAUCAUCAUAAGUGGCAGAUUAUAUCAUCCACAUGAAGCACCAUUUUGAUUAUAGUUCUCCUUUUGGGUUUCUUAUUUGUGAAGUGUUAUUGACUAUAUCCACAAUUCCUGCCUAAUAUUACUUUAAUCUUGGGAAUGACACCAAGGUUUACACCAUUG